AUGCAGACUGCUUCUACAAACAUUUGUGAAGACUGUGCAAUAAGUCCAUCCCUGAAAUUUCCUUGCUACUAAAUAUUACAUGGUCAACUGUUAGUGGUAUUAUAACAAAGUGGAAGCAACUGGGAACAACAGCAACUCAGCCACAAAGUGGUAGGCCACUUAAAAUGACAAAGCGGGGUCAGUAUGCACACAGUGUGCAGACGUUGCCAACUGUCUGCAGAGUCAAUAGCUAAAGACCUCCAAACUUCAUGUCGCCUUCAACAACAGUAUGUAGAGAGCUUCAUGGAAUGGGUUUCCAUGGCCGAGCAGCUGCAUCCA